CGUUCAUAUGAACUUAUUCCAAACAAACCGAUAACAACUCUAUCCAGAACAAGCCGUGCCCGUCUACACAUUUGCUCUGAAACUAUGGCUCUUAGACUAAUCAACAACGCUCUACGCCGCCAGCUUGCCGCGCAGUUGCCGCGCAAUGCGCAGGUGGGCAGCGUUGCCUCGAUUCACACCUUGGACAAGAUUGGCAAACGUGAAAUCGUGGGCUUUGGCUGGAACGGCACAGCCUGCUAUGCAGAUCGGGUUGAUUAUCCCAUGCCCGCUGUGCGCUUCCGCGAGCCCAACAAUGAGAUCAAUGCGCUGCGCACCAAGGAGCAGGGCGACUGGAAGAAGCUGAGCCCACAGGAGAUCAAAGCCCUCUACCGUGCCAGUUUCUGCCAGACGAUCGCCGAGGUCCAAGCCAGCACUGGCGAAUGGAAGAUGCAUUUGGGCGUGGGCCUGAUCUUUACCGCCGCGGCAAUUUGGAUUGCCGUGUUGAUGAACCUGUUCGUCUACGAUGAGUUGCCCAUCACAUUUGAUGAGGAGCACCAGAAGGCGCAGCUGAAGCGCAUGAUCGAUCUGGAGAUCAAUCCGGUGACCGGCUUAACCUCCAAGUGGGACUACGAGAACAACAAGUGGAAGAACUAAACGCAGUCCGCCGUAGAAUGCAAUUCCAUGUUGUAAAGUAAUUAAGCGAAAAGUGAGGCGACGUCUAUGUUUAAGUGGCCACAAGCAAAAUAAUAGUUGAAAUUAAAAUAAUGGCCGCUGCCAAACCCAAAAACA